AUGAGAAGCAAAGGAUACAGAUCUAACACAAGAAGCGUUUUCAAGAAGGACUACAAACAGUCAAAGAGACCGCAGACAACCACUCUGCUGAACCAGUACCAGAGAGGGGACUACGUCGACAUAAGCGUGGACUCGGGUGUGCACAAGGGAAUGCCCCACAAGACAUUUGUCGGAAGAACCGGAAGAGUAUACGCCGUUUUCAAGACCUCCGUCGGAAUUGCCUUGACAAAGAAGAGAGGAAACUCCAUCGUUGUCAAGAAGGUCAUUGCAAGAAUCGAGCACGUAAGGCCAAGCCAGUGCCAGAAGGAGAAGCUUGCAAGAGACGAGUACAGAGAGAAGCACGGAGUUGCCCCGCCCAAGCCCAUGCCUGAGGGUCUGAGGCCUGCCUUCACCAUCUCACUAGAGGAAAACACCCCAGUUGUGCUAAAGUCCAACACACACUACGCCAUGUAA